UCAAUCAUGUUACAAGCGAUUUAUAUUAUUUAUAUUUUUCUUUCGCUGAGUUUUGCUGAAAACGAGGAACAAGUACCUCCGACUCCUGACUCUUCAAAGGAAAGCAGUGUUAAAGAUGAAUCUGUAACUACUACUGCUAUGCAAAUCGAGUCAACUACUGAUUUAAAUACUGCUUUAACUACUGAUGCGAGUGCUGCUUCAACUACUGAAAGUUCUUUAUCAGAAGUGAGCAAUAAUGAUGAAUGCAAUAUAACAUCACAGUUUAAUGUAAUUUUUAGUAAAUAUUUUAAUGAAACUUCUGAAAAUGAAAAUAAAACAUUCAAGGAUCUUAGACAGAUUAUUAAACAAAAAGUGAGAGAAGUAAAACAGGAAUUUAGGCAAGCAAAACAGUCUUGUAUAGAACACUGUAAAGCAAAUUAUUCAAAAAAUAAUGAGGAAAAUUGCAAAAAGGGAAAAAAAAAGAAAAGAUGUAUAGAUACAUGCAAGGAAAUUAAGAUGACAUAAUAAAUAGUAAUUUUGAAUUUUUGUUGACUGACUG